UACCAUGCGACCAUGCGAUCUCCAUCACAGUGAUGAUUUGAACGCCGAGCGGUUAGCAGUUGCCAAAGACGGACGCCUCGGUUGACGGGGUUGAAGUAUUGACGAGUGGUUCUAAUGAAUUUUAAUUCACAUCCCCAAAUCACAUUCCCAUUCAAGAAAAGGAAUAAAACACAAAAAUGGCAAAUGGAAGUCCCCUGCUAGUUCGCUACAAGGAUGCCACGUAUGAUUUGACCGAUUUCGCCCACAAACAUCCGGGCGGAGUGAACACCCUCAAGGGUUUACACAACCGGGACAUGCAGGAACGGUUCGAUAAAGCUCCCGGCCACUCGUCGUCCGCUAAAUAUCUGAUGAGAGAAUACAAAAUCUGUGAUAAGAACAACAACGAUAGCAGCUCCACCACCACCUAUAACAAUGGCCACGCUAACGGCACACAGCAUGAAUUCAGCGAAGGCAAACGGUCGAACGGAACGAGCGAAGUUAUCCGCGAGGGUGUUAUCGAUGAGAGUAUGGAGCACCUCGUCGACUGGAGUAAACCGAUGCUGGUACAAAUUCCGACGCUCGGAAAGCAUUACGUCGAAUGGGUGAACAAACCAGUCGAUCGUGAACUCCGGCUGUUCGGACCCGUAUGGCUGGAGAAUCUCACAAAAACGCCCUGGUGGGUAGUGCCUGCCUUCUGGGUGCCCAGCAUCGUCUACAUUAUUCACCUGGGAGUCAGAGAGCUAGUGUCCAAACAUUCCAAAGAGAUAUCCAUCACCGACCAUUUCACCACAACAGUUGCUUAUUGUCUUGCCUUCGGUGCAAUUGCAUGGACCCUGCUCGAAUAUUCACUGCACCGAUGGGUAUUUCAUCUCGACCCGAGGGAAAAUAAAUACCUCCAUGUGUUCCACUUCCUGUUGCACGGAUUGCACCACAAGGUACCAUUCGAUCAAUACCGAUUAGUAUUCCCACCAGUUCCAGCCGUACUUCUGGCCGGUUUGUUCUACCAACCGGUGAGGUUCCUACUGCCGCAUCCACAGCUAGUCCUCGCCGGAGGUUUGAUAGGGUACCUCUCAUAUGACAUGAUUCAUUACUAUAUCCAUUAUGGAAGUCCCAGAGGGGGCCAUUUGUACCACAUGAAACGAUACCACUAUCAACAUCAUUUUGUGCAUCAUGACCUAGGUUUUGGCAUCAGUAGCGCACUAUGGGACAACAUAUUCGGAACGCCUAUCAUUCUGCGAAAGCUGAAAUAUCUGCUCAAAUGGUGAGCCUGAGUCGACCAGAAUCUUACCACAGAAUGAGUUCAAGCAGAAGUUAAAGGGCAGUUACGCAACACAAGAUGACACCACGAUAAUGAGUUAAUUAAAUCACUUUACAUUUAUCUAAAAAAAAUAUUUUUAUUAUUUAUUUGUUAUUUUUUCCUACUGCACAAAUUGAA